AUGGACUAUACCGACAAAUCGUGUGUCCCAUCGCGGGAUGCCACAUUGAGUGUUGCAAUGAGCGUGAGCAAGUGGUCCGAACGGUUGGAAAGGUGUGUGUGGUCCUUUCUACUAGCAUGCGGUACAUUUCCAUUGCGAUUUGAUGCCGUCGGACCGGGACGAUUCUUCACCAGCCGCAAACGUGCGCUGUACUGCAUCGGAAUAACCGUGGUGUAUGCCGUCCUUAGUCCCGCCCUAAUGUAUCUCAUUUACGAGCAUGAACGGAUGGCAAACGUUUACCUGGUGAGCAUGCUGAACGCGGCGCAGCUAAGCUUCAUCUAUCUGUUCAUGAUCGUGGUCAACGUGAGGAUGUUAAGCAAAGCGCAGGGUCUCGCCUCAACGCUGAAUGCAUUGUUCGCGAUACGCAAUACCAUCCUGCAGCAGUGGAACUGUCGUGUCCUGUGCCGGGAGUACGGCAAACUGCUUCUUUACAAAGUUCUUGCGAUCGAUAUGGCACUGUUGCUCUUUUCGCUGAUCAUGUACUACGUCACGCAGGAUGAAGUUCCCACCGGAGCGGAAGUGGUGGUGGGAGUAACCUUUUCCGUGUUUCGAUACGUGUUCACGGCACUGGUAAACCUAUACUUGGUGGGGCUGAUGAUCGUGAGCUUCAUUCAAGGAUCGAUCAACUCUAAGCUGACGAGCUUGGUCGAUCGGUCGGGGGAAGAAAAGCCAUCAACGAUACGCGAGGUGUACAUGGUGCACUGUGAAAACGCACAGCUGGAGAAACAGUUUAUGGCGAUCAUGGAUCUGCCGGUGCUGCUACUCAACGGUUGGUACUUCUACAUGAUCGUGGUGUCGGUUUAUUACAUGUACACCUCAACGAUGCUGGAAGUGAGGCGCGGGUUUGGCGUAGAGGACGUUACGAAGUACUUCAACUCGGUGACAUUUUUCCUCUAUCUGGCCGUCCAGCUGUACUACAUGAUGUCGAUACCGUCACAGUAUACGGAACGAUCGAAGAAAAUGCUUUCCAUUCUGGGCGCCAUAAAUCACCGCUCCAAGGGACCUCGAAUGGAGCGUAUGCUCGACUUUAUAACGCUGGACUACAUGCAGCGGGACUACGAUGUCCGGAACUACGGACUGUAUGACAUUAAUCGAGCUCUACUAUUUGGGACGAUAGCAACCGUGACGAGUUACGUGAUCAUACUGGUACAGUUCCACAUGCAGCAGUAUGGGUAGGGCGAAGGGUCGCACCAUGGAAAUCCAUUAGUCACCGACGACAGCACGCCGUUACAGAUGCGCAUGAACGCAAAGAAUCGCAAACGGAAGGAAAAGGGAAGAGAAGCGAACAGCAAAACACUUUCUUACACGGACCGCACUGCUGCCCCUUAACGACCAUUAUCAACGGGCAUGGACGCAAAAUCAUGCGCGUUUGUUUGUUUCGGAUGAUGUCAUGGCCCUCGGCUUCCCCACGCCCUCGACAGUGGUUCCACACUCACACACGCGUACCCAUUUAGCAGACAGACGCGGGUGGCAUGCUAAUGAUAGCAAAGUUGUGAUUUUAUUGUUUCUUUGAUCACGCUCUAAGAUGCUUUGGGUAAUGCAAGUGUAUAUGAGAAAAAAACGAGAUAACCGCAAAUAAGCAGGCGCCAAUAACACAA